AUGGCGGACGUGACAGUGCUGAGAUGCUGGCCAGCCUGCGUCGAUGCAAUCGAUUGGUCUUCCGACGGCAUCAUUGCAUUAGCGUCGGAUGAGCGCGUAGAGCUGCUCUUUCCAAACACCGUCGACUUCGAGCGGGACCAAGUCUUGCCGCAAUGGCAGCAUGUGCCUCUCAAGGUACCCUUGUUCUCGACCGAUGAGCUCCCACUCAAAGAACCUGCGCCAACAUCUAACUACUCCGUCGGCGAAGAGAUCUCUAACAGCGCUCCCAUCAGCAUCGCGUGGUCACCGCCCGGUAUUGCUAAACAUCGAAAAUGCGCGCUUGCUGCUCUUACCGCAAACUUGACGCUUUCCCUCUGGUCAGCAGCAGAAGGCAAGCCAGAAGAAGAGACCAGUUGGACUCGACGAUUGAUCAUCAACGAUGCGCUCGUUGACCACUUCGGAGACUGGGACCACGAAUCUAGCCACGUGGUGCACGAUUCCAAGGAACGACUGCGGUCGAGAGGCCGCAUUCGAGCGUUCGCCUGGGCACCCGCUCUGCCUUGCCCAGGGCCGGCUGGUGUUGUCGGUACUCACUUGGCAUACGGCCCGCACAUGCUAGUUGUCUCUGAUGACGAUAAUCACCUCGUGUUUCUCAAGGUUGAAACGCCCACGUCCUCCCUAGGAGCUGAGCCAGACUGGAGGGCAGACGUGUUAACACAUGAGUCUUUUGCACUUUCUUCGGACACGAUCUUCCCACAACCCAAUAUCUUCGAAGACAUGAUCAAACAGCAAAGAUAUAUCUCGCAUAUUGCCUGGAGUCCUUGGAUCAUACGCGACGGGUGUUAUUAUUCCGUACUGGUAUACGCUACGAAUGAGGAUAUACGGGCGCGGACUAUCACGUACAACACUGGGCGUAUGAGCUUGCAGCAAGAAGUUGUCUAUGCAGGCCACGAAAUGCGAUAUGACGGCCCGAUGAAAUGGUUUCACCGAGUCGAAGAUGAAUACAGACUAAAGCUCGCCCUCUUCACGAACACGGGACUAGUAUAUCUAACGAUAUCCGCUCUUGACGCUUCUAUCAUCGAAAGGAGCACGCAUGAUCUAGACGGUCGAUGGGAUCCAGUUUCAGGCGUUGUCUGGGACACGACUCAGGCCACAACACCUCGUCUCCAUAUAAGCUCUCUACUAUCGACACUCCACAGCCCAACUGCUAUCCUCGAGCAGACUCCUGAUGGGCUCAAAAGCCUUGAUGCCCCAGAAUGGCGUGAGAGAAUCGGAAAUAAUCUGGCACUGUUUAGUGCAAAGAACGAACUCAAAGGCAAUAGCAGGGCCAAGGUAUGGGGCCUCACGAGAUCUCCGCUAGGCGACUUCAUCGCGGCAUGCAACAGCGUACAUCCCUCCGAUAUGAUCGAGUACGGCAUUCCGGCUGACCGUAGUGGUGCCGUGGCUAUCAGCUCUUUGCGACCUGGCAGCCGUUCACGGGACAUCUUUCCAAAAGAGAACGUAACUGCAGAAGGACUCAUGUACAGUCUUAAGAAGUUGGCAGAAGAAGUUGUCGAGGACCCAGAUGACAUACCUGCAUUCGCGGAUGAGAUGGUUGGAAAGCUAGUCGAGACUUACACAGGUCCUCCUGUCAGUGAGAUGAGCGCGACCACAUCAGCAGCGUACUCCGAUGUCAACGAUCUCGAUUCGUUGAUCAAGAAUUUCAAGUCGUAUGCUUUCCUUGAAUCACCUACACUGAAGGAUCGCUACAUCAUCCUCGUGUCUGAAGCCUACAAGACGCAGAUUAGUAAGGAGCUACCGAAGACUCUAAUUGCGUAUCGCCUUGCCGUGGCCUUGCAACAACUUCCUUCAUCGCUAUCGCAUACGCCGUUCAGCGCAGAAAUUCGCACGCAUCACAAACAACUUGUCACACUCAUCAACAUGGUCAUGGGCUAUGACGAUGCAUCCGAAUCCUUGCCGGCAGACCGAACUUCGGAGCAGGAAAGCGCAUCAACAGUCAGCACCGGUACGCAUGGCAACAGCAUUUCGACGAAUCAAGGCCCAGCAGUCCCAGUAGCGGAUACUUGCGAUUUCUGCUCCGCAUUUAUACCGUUCGCAGACCCCCGAUCAGCAACUUGCACCAACGGACAUGUGUUCCCUAGAUGUGGUCUCACUUUUCUGGCUAUCCAGGCGCCCGGCAUCACGAAGUACUGUGGUAUAUGCAGCACACCAUUUCUAAGCGACGAGUUCAUCAUGGCCCAAGAAGACGUGGAACGCAAUAAUAGCUCCGACACUGAGGAUAACACGGUCAUGACUGGCGUGACUAGAAACGGCAUGGUAUCAGAGGAAAGGGAGGAGAGCAGCGAUCCGUUGAACAAGAUGGAUGAAGAGGGUUCUAGCGACCAAGAAGGAGGUGAUCAAGAAAGCAACGAUUCCGACGAUGAAGGCGAUGUGUACGAACGAAAGGAAAUCCCUGUCACGCUGGCACGGGUACUGUUUCUUGCUUGCGAUGCCUGCAUAUACUGCGGCGGCAAGUUUAUUGGUUGA